UUGUGCUUCUCCCCUCCCGUGCUCCCCUUCACCUGCGCCCGGAGUCGACAUCCCUCUCCGCUCCCCUCUCCCCGCCCCCACCUUCCCUCCGCGCCGGCGCCCCAGCCGCGUGCUCAUCUCCGGCGACUGCAGCGCCCGCUCCUGGAGCUUUGCAGUUUUCCAUUGUCUAUAUCUUGUUUACACUUUGUAAAAUCAAAUGGAGAGCACUCAGAAUGAGAACAGCAGGGAAACCAAACAAGAUGACGAAACACGCCAAAGCAAGCAAGAUGAUGAGGAGGCUCGUCUUGAAGAAUACAAAAAACUUAUUGACCAAAAGACUGCCCUCCGCCGGAGCAACCUAACCCCUGAAAGGCCUGAUGCAAACUACCUGAGGACUCUAGACUCCAGUAUUAAACGAAAUACAACAGUUAUAAAGAAACUCAAAACAAUAAAUGAUGAACAAAAGGAUGGAUUGAUGGAUGAGUUGAAAAGUGUUAACUUGAGCAAAUUUGUCAGUGAGGCAGUUUCUUAUAUUUGUGAGGCCAAACUUCGAUCUGCUGAUAUACAAGCUGCUGUUCAGGUCUGCUCCCUGCUUCAUCAAAGAUACAAGGACUUCUCUCCUUGUCUUGUACAAGGGCUACUGAAGGUAUUCUUUCCUGGGAAAUCUGGAGAUGAUUUAGACGCGGACAAAAACUCAAGAGCAAUGAAGAAGAGAAGCACACUGAAACUUCUAAUUGAACUUUAUUUUGUGGGGAUUGUGGAAGAUGCUAGCAUAUUUGUAAACAUUAUAAAAGAUCUUACAUCACUAGAGCACUUGAAGGACCGGGAAGCAACUCAGGCAAAUUUGUCUCUUCUUUCUGCCUUUGCUCGUCAAGGGAGAUUUUUCAUAGGGUUACAGUCUCAUGGUCAAGAAGCUUAUGAUGAGUUAUUUAAGGAUCUAAAUGUUACGGCUGAUCAGAAAAAGUUCUUCAAAAAAGCCUUGCAUUCUUACUAUGAUGCUGUAGCUGAACUACUCCAAUCAGAACACGCGUCUCUUCGUCUGAUGGAGGCAGAGAACGCAAAAGUUUUAACUGCCAAAGGUGAACUAAGCGACGAGAACACUGCCUCAUAUGAAAAACUCCGGAAGUCUUUUGAUCAGUUACAACGUGGUGUAUCCUCGUUAGCUGAAGCUCUUGACAUGCAGCCUCCGGUGAUGCCAGAUGAUGGAAACACAACAAGGGUUACCACAGGAAGUGAUGUAGCCCCACCUUCUACGAAAGAACCAUCUGCACUGGAACCUAUCUGGGAUGAUGAGGAUACAAAAGCUUUUUAUGAAUCUUUACCUGAUCUCAGAGCAUUUGUGCCCGCCGUGUUGUUAGGAGAAGCCGAACCAAAGUUGAAUGAGAAGGGUCGUGAACAACCUGAAUCCAUUGCAGAACAAGAUAUUGAAGUACAUGAUACUGCUCAAACUUCUUCUAUCACUGAAUAUCAACUGGAAGGAAAGGCAGAUGAUGGAGUGAAGGAUAGUGAAGAAAAAGAUAAAGAUAAGGGGAAAGGUGCAGACAAGGAAAAAUCCAAAGAGAAGGAUUUUGACAGAAAAGAAAGAGAGAAGGAGAAAAUAAGAGCCGUGGAUGGUGCAAGUUUGGACAACCUGCUUCAGAGACUACCAGGAUGUGUUAGCCGUGAUCUCAUUGACCAAUUGACGGUUGAGUUUUGCUACCUAAAUUCUAAAGCAAGUCGAAAGAAACUUGUGCGAACAUUAUUCAAUGUCCCAAGGACUUCACUGGAACUUUUGCCUUACUAUUCUCGUCUGGUGGCUACACUGUCAACAUGUAUGAAAGAUGUUCCAAGUAUGCUUAUUUCUAUGCUUGAAGAAGAGUUCAACUUUUUAAUAAAUAAGAAGGAUCAGAUCAACAUCGAAACAAAAAUUAAAAACAUUAGGUUUAUUGGGGAGUUAUGUAAAUUCAAAAUUGCACCUGCAGCUCUUGUUUUUAGCUGCUUGAAGUCAUGCCUGGAUGAUUUCAGUCAUCAUAACAUUGAUGUGGCCUGCAAUCUACUCGAGACUUGUGGACGUUUUCUGUAUCGUUCACCUGAAACUACUAUUCGUAUGGCCAACAUGCUGGAGAUACUGAUGCGAUUGAAAAAUGUGAAGAAUUUGGAUCCUCGCCAUAGCACACUUGUAGAAAAUGCCUACUACCUUUGUAAACCACCUGAAAGAUCUGCUCGAGUUUCAAAAGUUCGGCCACCUCUGCACCAAUACAUAAGGAAAUUACUUUUUUCCGAUCUUGAUAAAUCAAGUGUUGAACAUAUUCUUCGCCAAUUACGCAAGCUACCUUGGGUGGAAUGUCAGCAAUACCUUAUAAAGUGCUUUCUAAAGGUUCACAAGGGAAAAUACAGCCAUGUUCAUCUGAUUGCCCUUCUCACUGCUGGUCUUAGUCGCCAUCAUGAUGACUUUGCUGUUGCAGUGGUAGAUGAGGUUUUAGAGGAGAUAAGGGUAGGUCUGGAGCUGAAUGACUAUGGGAUGCAACAAAGGCGUCUUGCCCACAUGCGAUUCCUUGGAGAGCUAUACAGCUACAAGCAUAUUGAUUCAUCAGUUGUAUUCGAGACACUGUAUCUUAUCAUUGUAUUUGGUCAUGGAACUCCUGAGCAAGAUGUGUUGGAUCCACCAGAAGAUUGCUUCAGGAUCAGGUUGAUCAUUACACUUCUGCAGACUUGUGGCCACUAUUUCAACAGAGGCUCUUCAAAAAGAAAGCUUGACAAGUUCUUGCUGCAUUUUCAAAGAUAUAUUAUUAGUAAAGGGCCCUUACCACUUGACAUAGAAUUUGACGUUCAGGAUUUGUUUUCUGAGCUAAGACCAAACAUGGCUAGGUAUUCAUCAUUAGAAGAACUAGAUGCUGCAUUAGCUGAGCUCGAAGAAAGUGAACGUGCAGCCUCAGUUGAGAAGCCUGAAAGUGAAAAGCUUUCAGACAGCGAAUCUCAGAAAGUGCAGCCACAUGAUACUGCCUUUUCUGCUAAUGGCAGGGGCUCAGCAAAUGGAGCCGAGGAAAAUGGCAAGGAUCAUGAAGAAGGAGCGGACACUGAAAGCUAUUCAGGUAGUGGUAGCACUGAUGGUCAUGAAGAUGAGGAAGAUCUUAUGUUUGAGGAGAAAUCAAAUGAUGCAUCUGAGAAUGAAGGUGAUGAUGAGGAUGAUGGCAUGCCUGCUGGUUCUGAUGAAGAUGAAGGUGUUGAGGUUAGACAUAAAGUUGUGCAAGUUGAUCCAAAGGAGCAAGAAGACUUUGACCGAGAGCUGAAAGCUCUUCUACAGGAGAGCUUGGAGUCACGGAAAUCAGAGGUGCGGCCCAGGGCCACUUUGAACAUGAUGGUACCAAUGAAUGUCCUCGAGGGUUCCAAGGACCCAAGGGCCGUCGAGUCCGAGAGUGGAGAAGAAACUGUGGAUGAAGAGGGUGGUAGUGCUGGGGGUGGCAGCAAGGUGCGUGUUAAGGUGCUGAUGAAGAAAGGGCACAAACAACAAACUAAACAGAUGUUCAUUCCUGGUGACUGCUCACUUGUGCAAAGCACAAAGCAGCAAGAGGCUGCUGAGCUUGAGGAGAAGCAGAGUAUUAAACGCAGGAUCCUUGAAUACAAUGAAAGGGAGGAGGAAGAAAUGAACGGUGGAUCGUCACAGAUGGGGAAUUGGAGUCAAGGAGGGAGCAGCACCGGCAGCAGUAUUAGAUCAGGUGGACGGGGUAGUUGGGAUGGCUCGAUCAGAGGAGCUCGGCAGCGGCACCACAUUGCUGGUGGUUUCUACCAUAGUUAUGGCAGAAGACGAUGAGAUGACCGCUCGAGUGUUAUUUGUCCUGAGGUUUUUGAUAGGACAAUGGUUUUAGAAAGUUUCUUCUAACUGCCUAAUGGAGAAAAGAGGAGCCUCUUGCAGAGGUAAGGCACGCUUAUGGAAAGUUGGUUGACAGGAGGUGAAACAAGUUUAACGAAAGACUAAUGACUACUCAAUACAUGAUAAUACAUCACCGUCAAGUGAGGAAUGAUGUCUUGAAGGGUGACUAUUUCUGCUAGGCAAAUGACUUGAUAUCAAAGUUGCAUUAGUCGGAGCUAAACUAUUUAGGGUCACGUUGAUCCCGUUGUGCCUGUGUACAUAAGAUGUUCUUGCAUCUCAAGUGCAGAAUAACAUGUUUCAGAUGUGACCUUAACAGCUUGUAAUAUGCUUGUGCGCCCACUUGAUGCAA